AUGUGCGAUGUUAAUUAUGCUUCAAAAACUUUACAAAAACAAGAAAUAGACUUUGAGGAAGCUACUGAAGUUUUGAAACACGUUCGUGAAAAGUUAAAUUACAUUAGAAAUUCAUAUGAACAAAUCAAAUUAGAAACAGAAGAACUGGCACGAAAGUGGGACAUCGAAACUAAUUUUCAAUCAAAAAAGCAACCAGUGAAAAAGCGACAUUUUGAUGAAUUGGCUUCAAAUCAUCGGUUUCAGAACAGAGAGCAAUUGUUUAAAAUGAAUGUUUUUUAUUUUGUAUUGGAAAAAAUCAGUGUCCUAAUUGAACAACGUUUUUCGGGAAUGCAAACCGUGAAAAACCUUUUUUGCUUCUUAGAACCUAAAAACAUAAUAAAUUUGCCUGAUACAGAUAUGUUAGGUAUGUGUGAAAAUGUUUCCAAAAUAUAUUCGAAAGUUAUCUUUCCUCUAUUUAGUAAUCAAUUUAUGCAAGCAGUUUCAUUGUUGAAAACAGACUUAACAUCAAAAAUGUCAAUUAAGCAAUUUUCAGAUUUACUCCUUACUAAGUACAGUUGCUUAGAAAGUGAGUUUUUAGAAAUAUAUACAGUUCUAAUGUUGUUCUUUACCCUACCAGUAACUGUGGCUAGCAUUGAAAGAUCUUUUAGCAAAUUAAAAAUAAUAAAAGACUAUAAAAGAAAUUUUAUUGGUCAGAGUAGGCUAAAAAAACUAGCGAUACUAGCUAUUGAACACAAAGAAGCAGCACAAAUGGAUUUUAAAAAAUGA